GGUCUCCCACAUAGAAGGCAGAUUCUUAACCGUCUGAGCCACCAGGACGCCCUACAAAGAAGCAGGGUAAUAUAUGAAGUUCUAGUGACUGCUCAUGUGGGUUUAGUGACAGAGGUAUGUAAAUGUGUGUCAGUGUGGGGAGAAUCAGUGCAGUAUGAGUUCUGGAAUAUGCUAGUGAGUGUUGGAAUAUGCUAGUGAGUGUCAGAAUAUUGGAAAGAUAGUGUGUACCUGAGUGCCUGAGAUUUGUUGAGGUUCCAGGGAGUGCUAAUGGAGGAUAGAGCUAUGGAGAAGAUCUUGUGUGCAAUAAAGAAGAUGAGGGCUGUGAAGGGAUCCAGUUGUCAACCAACGGGAUUAUAGCUGUGGAGGAGUUGAAGCAAAGAGAAAUAAAAGAAUAUGUGAUGGUCUAGGUGUGCUAAAGUGGAUUAGAGCCAUGGAGGGCUGAAGUGUGCUACUGGGGUUCUGGGCUGGAUGAAGAUCUGUGUGUGCUAAUGAGGGUCAGGCCAUUAUAGAACAGCGUGUUUGUGUGUCCCUGGAGAAUGGGGCUGAGUAUGGGUUCAGGGUGUGCUAAUGGGAAGGCACUGUGAGGUCCGGUGUGUGUUAAUAGGGGUCAGGGUGAAGUGAAGGUCCAGCCUGUGCUGAUGGGAAGUGGGGGGACAGGGUAGUGGGAGGACCAGAAGACAACAUUAAUAAUGAUCACAGCUGUAGAGAGGUCUGAGUGUGGGCAAAAACAGGUUCAGGGAUCUGCAAGAUUCACUUUGUGUUAAUGGGAUUCAGGGCAGUGUGAAGGUCCAGUGAGUGCUAAUAUAGGUUACUCUGUACAGCUGUAGAGGGUCCCAAGUGCAUGUAAAUAGGGAUCAUAAUCUUGCUGGGGGAACAAUGAGUGCUGUGGAGAAGCUUACAGGCAGCAUGUGGUGCUAAGAGUUAACUUAGAGGAGCCGACUGGAUGCUAACAGAGUUCAGUGUUCUGUUGAGGCUUUGUAUGCUAAUAGAGUCAAAGAUAAAUAGGGACAUUGCAGUGCUGUUGGCAGUUAAAAUGCAGAGAAGCCUUCCUGAGGGUCCAGUGUGUACUGAAGGAAGCAAGACACUGUGAGAGUCCAGUGUGUGCUUAUGGGAUGUGCCUGAACAGAAUGAGGAUGGUAUGUUCCUAUGGGAGUUACUAGAAUGUGAUAAUUGUGUCCUCAGGGGCUGGUGUAAUGUGAGGUGGUAAGUAUCCUUGGGUAUGAAAAUAUUUUGAGGAUGGAAACAUCUCCUUGGGGAGUCAAAAAGAACAUGUGCCCUUUUUUGAGUGUGGUUGUGUAUGUAGUUUCUUGCUUCCUCAUUCACUAUUCUAAAAUCUAAAAAUCUGAGAAAACUAAGAUGAUAUUUGAAAGUUUUACUGCAUGUUAAUGUUCCAGUGUCUCUGCUCACAGGACCCUGUGAAGGGUCCCCCUGCUGGGGGCAUUGUAUGAAACAGGUUUUGUACCCCCAUCUUCCUAAAAUCUCCCCAAAACUAAGCCCUGGAACAUGUCCAGCCCUUGGAGUUUCCACUUAGAGGUCAUGGACCCAUGGCUCCUUCUGGCUCCUUCUCAUCCUCCAUCCAGCCCUACUUGCAAUACACACCCCCCUAGAUCCCCUAUUCCCUUCCACAACAGGCAAAACAAUUGGGUAUCCAUGCCGUAUGGACAGACACAAGAGCAUUUGGGGACUGGCCAUUCUUCACCUUCCUCAGCCUCAGGUCUAGUGUUCACCAGGAUUUUUUUUUCUCUUGUUAUCCCAGGUUGGACUUCAGUCCUCUUUAUUGAGGUCUUUUCUGCUAGGCUGGCCCCUCUACCCUUCUGGGGGUGAUGAAUUCAGGCAGGCAGAAGUGGGGUGUGGGGACCACUGGGGUGAGCACCUGAUUUCACGGUAACAGAUGAUUCAGUUAUCUCCUCAAAUCCAGCCCCAGCCCCAGCCUCCUAUCUAGCUCUGCUUCCCUUGGGCCCAGGGCCAUCUUAGGCCCUGCUGUGAGUCCAGAUGGUCCCUGGGCCAGGUCUUUCCCCCUCCUUGCUGGCCCAGAGCCCAGGAGGAAGCAGAAGAAGGCCGGCCUAAGCCUUUUGGUGGCCCCGUUCCUGCCAGCAGCCCCAUCUAGGUCAUCAUCUUGCCAAUGCCAGUGUCCCUGGGCCACCUUGUCUGGGGUUGUUAAUGAGUAGCAGGGACUCACCCUGACAAAUGUUGGUCCUAGGUCUUUAGCUCCUGAUUCAUUAAUUUCUGCCAUGAGCACUUUUUGAGCACCUACUCUGUAUCAGUCACUGUUCCAGGUCCUCAGGAUAUAGCUGUGACCUAAACAGACAUCCGUCUAUCCUGGCAGAGCUGAUCUUCUAGUUAUGGUGGUGAGGAGACAGUAAAGAAUAAAGAAACCAAUAAGUAAAUGGUGUCAUUUCUGAGGAGAUGAUAAGUGCUGAGGGCACAAUUGACAAGGUGAGGGAGCUCAGGAUGGUUCAGAUUUUAAAUAGGGUUAUUCUUGGUUAUCUGUUAAAAAAAAUGAUAUUUGAGCAGUGGCCUAGAGGGGGUGAGCUACUUUAAAAUCUAGAGAAAGAGUAUUCUAGUACCGGGAAGAACUGUUGCAAAGGCCCUGAGGAGGGACUUUUGGGUGUGGUUGCAGAACAGCAACGAGCAGUGAGGUGAGGCCAGAAGGGUAGUAGUGUGAGUGGGGUAAGACCUUGAGGGCCACAGGAAGGAGUGAGACGUUUAUUUGGGGUGAUAAGGGACACAUGGUACAUUCUCAGCUAGACAAGAAAUGUGACCUGGCUUGUAAAAAUCUCUGGGACCCUGUGGUCCAAACCUGAUUGAACCUUUCCAGCAACUCUCAGGAUAGCUGGUAUACUUUGAGAUUCCCACCCCCCACAACCCCACCCAGUGGUUGGGUCUGGGCAGGAAACCUCUCCCUCUCCCCGCACCCCUCAUCGGGGUAGCCCAGUGGGGUAGUCCACUAGUCACCUUGACGAUGGUUGCUGGGGGAGGCGAGAGGGACCUUGUGGCCACAGGGAGCAUUCUGCCUUUGCAGUUGGGGGUGAUGUGGGGCUGGUGCCAGCGGAACAUGCCAUUGUAUGGACAUCCCUGGGGCCGUGUCAGUGGUCUCAGGGUCCUGAGAGAGUCCCCCACCUCACCAGUGGCUGGGUCCAUCAGUGCCGCUGCACCUGAGAAUGCCUGCUGUAGAGCCCUCUGCUCCCACAGUGAGGCUGCCCCCAAAGAGGCCAACACUUCAUCAGUUGUGCCCUUUCCCUCAGCCAGCCACCCAAGCCUUAGUACCCAGGUCGCCAUGGAUCGGAUGAAGAAGAUCAAACGGCAGCUGUCAAUGACACUCCGAGGGGGCCGAGGUAUAGAUAAGACCAAUGGUGCCCCUGAACAGAUAGGCCUGGAUGAGAGUGGCGGGGGCGGCGGCAGUGACCUUGGAGAGGCCCCCACACGUGCUGCCCCUGGGGAACCUCGCUCUGUGCGGGGCCCACUCAGCUCUGCACCAGAGAUUGUGCAUGAGGACUUGAAGAUGGGGUCUGACGGAGAAAGUGACCAGGCUUCAGCCACGUCCUCCGAUGAGGUGCAGUCACCAGUGAGGGUGCGCAUGCGCAACCAUCCCCCACGCAAGAUCUCCACUGAGGACAUCAACAAGCGCCUAUCACUACCAGCCGACAUCCGGCUGCCUGAGGGCUACCUUGAGAAGCUGACCCUCAACAGCCCCAUCUUUGACAAGCCCCUCAGCCGCCGUCUCCGCCGCGUCAGCCUGUCUGAGAUCGGCUUUGGGAAACUGGAGACCUACAUCAAGCUGGACAAGCUGGGAGAGGGUACCUAUGCCACUGUCUACAAAGGCAAAAGCAAGCUCACAGACAACCUUGUGGCACUCAAGGAGAUCAGACUGGAACACGAAGAGGGGGCACCCUGCACCGCCAUCCGGGAAGUGUCCCUGCUCAAAGACCUCAAACACGCCAACAUCGUCACACUACACGACAUUAUUCACACGGAGAAGUCCCUCACCCUUGUCUUUGAGUACCUGGACAAGGACCUGAAGCAGUACCUGGAUGACUGUGGGAACAUCAUCAACAUGCACAACGUGAAACUGUUCCUGUUCCAGCUGCUCCGUGGCCUGGCCUACUGCCACCGGCAGAAGGUGCUACACCGAGACCUCAAGCCACAGAACCUACUCAUCAAUGAGCGAGGAGAGCUCAAGCUGGCCGACUUCGGCCUGGCCCGGGCCAAGUCAAUUCCAACGAAGACCUACUCCAACGAAGUGGUAACACUGUGGUACCGGCCCCCUGACAUCCUGCUCGGGUCCACGGACUACUCCACUCAGAUUGACAUGUGGGGUGUGGGCUGCAUCUUCUAUGAGAUGGCCACGGGCCGGCCCCUCUUCCCAGGCUCCACAGUGGAGGAGCAGCUGCACUUCAUCUUCCGCAUCUUGGGAACCCCAAAUGAAGAUACAUGGCCAGGCAUCCUGUCCAAUGAAGAGUUCAGGACAUACAACUACCCCAAGUACCGAGCUGAGGCCCUUUUGAGCCAUGCACCCCGAAUUGACAGCGAUGGGGCUGACCUCCUCACCAAGCUGCUGCAGUUUGAAGGUCGCAAUCGGAUCUCCGCAGAGGAUGCCAUGAAACAUCCAUUCUUCCUCAGCCUGGGGGAUCGGAUCCACAAACUUCCUGACACUACUUCCAUAUUUGCACUAAAGGAGAUCCAGCUACAAAAGGAGGCCAGCAUUCGAUCUUCGUCAAUGCCUGACUCAGGCAGGCCAGCUUAUCGAGUGGUGGACACCGAAUUCUAAGCCACAGACCGAGGCCCCAGCAGGCAGCAGCUGGAGGGAUGCCACACCCCUCACAGGGCAGCCCCCAACUGCAUCCUCCCUGCUUGCUGCCUGCCUGCCUGCCUGACUCAUGCUCCCAUGCCCACAUGUCCCCUGCUGCCUGUCUGAACACCCGACCAUUGGCCUGUUGGCCCACCCAUUGGCCUGUCUGCUGGGUGCUAACAAAGCUCUCAUCGCUCCUUCUCCUGGUCUGUCUUGUCUUAUCUGUCUAUAUGUGUCUCUUUCUCUCUCUGUCUUGGUAGUUGCCGGUGGACAGCGUGGCCGUGCCAGCCUCCCACACUGAGGCCAGGCCUAGACCCCUCCCCAUCAUACCCUCCCCCAGGACCACUACCCCAUGGCCAACCAGGGGUCUGGAGCUAGCCCAGGCUGGGGAUCUCGACUCAGACAAGUCAUGGUGAUGCCUUGGGUCUGAGGCUCCCCUUCCUGCUUUCCUGCCUCAUGUUGUGUGGGCCUUGUUUGUUUGUUUCAUUCAUUGUUGUUUUUUUUAAUUAUUUUAAAUGAGAUUUUCAUUUUUUAAAUGCAAUAUCUCUGUAUACAGACUGCUGGGCCCCACUCACUGUGUGUGGCCCUCCCACAGUAUUUUGUGCAAUGAAGCCCUGCUCCCAGCCUUUUCAUGGCAGGGACAUAGUCCCUAUUCAAAACCCUGAUCAUCACCAGACCCUGGGGUCAGCUAAGGGAAAGCAUGCCUUGGCAACUCGCCUUCCAACCCCCACCUGCCAUCCCCAGCCGCAGGGGGACUUGGGGACUACUGGAGACUCUCUGGGAGAUGGAUGAGGUGGGGGGCCCCCACUCUUUCCCUCCUUUAGUCCCAUAGCUGGGGCUUCCUUCUCAGGGUCUCCCUAGCCCAGCCCUCCUGCCCCCAUCCUGCACGGUGCUGUUGAGUAGGGGCCCUGCCAGGAACUGACCAACUCAGCGGUGGAGCCAUAGUGUGCAUAUGUGCACAAGCAGGGACAGAGGGGCGCAUGGGAGGUUGUGCCCAGGCAUUACCCCCUAUCCUCUGGGGAAAGUGAGACAGGGCAGGGACAGUCUCUGGGGUCAAUCCCCAGAUGGGUGGUUACCUUCCCUUCCUCCACUCUAAACCCUGGGGCCCUCAAAUGGGGUGGGAGGGCAAGGGCAGGGGCCCUCCUAGGGGAGUUGGGAGGGGUGGGUUCCUGAAUGCACCAUAAUCGCUGUAUGAAAUAUUAAAAGUCUAAAGUGAAAAA